AGCAGAAUACACUAAAUCAAGUUCCGAGUUCAUAGACUUCAGAUUAUUUUAGAAAAAAAAUUUGACUACUUUGUUGAUAGGUUGCAGAAAUAUUUUUCAGGCUCCAAAUCACAUAGUCUGUGCUCUAAACCAGGGCUCUGAGUUUGUAACUAGAAAUUGAAGUACCGCUUGCAUAUUCUAGAAGUAAUUCUAGAAAUAAAUGCACGGGAAGAUCUUAAAGAACUCACUUAGAAAUCAGGUCUGUCUUGAGCAGAAAACAUGUUGACAUUUCAUGUUCUCAUGAAACGUGAAAAGAAAGUGAAUGCAUGCUCUGUUAUUUUUAAUCUUAAAUUGUUUUCUGCUGUUUCUGGGACAUCCAGAACAUUGACCUAUCCCAGGAUUUAUGCCAAAAGUAUAGUUUCGUGCUUGUUUCAAAUGCAGUGUGGUAGCCUUUCUCAGCUAAAAUUGGAAAUGCUUUUAAAGGACAGUUCAUAGUUGUGGGUACAUGAAAUCUUAUGAAUGCUCACAGAUUCAUGACUCGAGUCCAGGUUGUAGAGGGAAGUCUGAAAUGGACAUGUGUGACUGCCUGGUGAAGGAGGGUAUGACUUCAAAGUGGACAGAAUUCUUGUUUUCAUGCUACUAAUACUAUUUUAAAUGUUUUUAGAACAUAACAACCAACUUGGGGCAAGUAAAAAUAAGUUGCUUCUGAAGCAUUUGUAACUUUUGCAAGCUAAUUAUUAGUAUGUAGAACUCCUCACAUUUUGUGGAGGCAGAAGGACAAUUCAGUUGAAAUGAAGUCCCAAGAGCUGCUACGAAAUUUCUUCCUUGUGGGGCUUGUGUAGCAUCUUCCAAAGUCAGUCUGGUUUGCAGGUAGGCUACUCUGCCUUUCAAAUUAAAUGAGGUGCAGAUGCCUGGAAUGGGGUUUGAAAUAGACAGAAUCUCCUGAAAUCUCAUUCUCAGCCAAUGGAUUUGGGAAGUUUUGGCCAAAUGUGUUGCAUUCUGAAUGUUGCUACUAAAAAGUAGAAGGUGAAAAGUAUUAAAAAUAGAAGGUAAAAAGCCUGCUUAAGCUUCUGUCCCUGCUUUGGGAGCGGAGUCUUUUUCCUUCUGAUAAGUCACUGCUAAACUACUUGUCAGAUAAGUGCUUCUCCGUUUGCCCUAGCUGAAACUGUGUGUUGUAACUGUAGAAGGCACUGGGAUCAUGCCUUUAACAGUUGAUGCUCAGAGAUCUGCUCUACAGCCUCUGCUCGACUGUCCGCAGUGCUUUUAGGUCAUACUCAAGCUAUUGUGCAGCACCUCCUUAUGCGUGGUUUACACCGAGUCCUUCCAAAAGCUGAAUUACCUGACACCUUUCUUUUGAUAUGUGGCUGAAAGUUCUUAAGGAGCUCUAACUUGAGAUGACUUGCAGUUUUCGCUUAAAAAGGAAAACUUGCGUUUUUUAUUCAGUGUGCAGCAAACAGACUUCACAGACAGCUAGAUUAAAUAAAUGACUACUAGUAAAGGUAGGCUACUGUAGCACUUGAGUUUGAGGAGGCAUGGAACUAGAUGCCACAGGAGUCCUACCGAUGUAAUGCUCUGUGCCCUUGAAAAGACUAUUACUUGGUUCAAGAGUUGUAUGCCAUGCUGAAACGAGAGCUGCAACAUAAUUAUUCUCUCUGCACAGUUUAUUCUAUUUCCCUCUUUGAAAAUUAAGCUGUCUUUGGGUUUCAGGGAAACUUCCUGACUUCAUAGGGAUGUUGUGUCCUUUGGGAAACUAGGAUGCAUGAGAUGAGUAGGUUUGCUUGGGAUUCUGGAGAGAAUAUUUUUAAGUGGAUGACUUCUGCAGUACAGCUUUCUGAGCAUUCCUCGUGUACUGUGCUAUCGCCUGCUCAUAGAUGUUCUUGACACAAGUUACAGGAGUGCUGAUACACAGAAAACAGAUGAAACUUCUAAAGUUUUCUAGUUUGUUCUUAUCAUGGCAUAGAGAAGAUACUUCUAUUUUAAUAUUGUGGGAUUGUGUGGCUAAAGCAAAAACUGAAAAAACUGUGUGGAUUAGGUCACUUCUGUACUAAUCUGUACUUCUGUACUAAUGCUGGAGAGGACCACCAGUACACCACAACAGGGCAAGUGAGGGCGAGUACAAGUGGGGACAGUAAGGAUGAAACUGGGUCUGUGGAAUUAGUUAUUCCAAGGACCAGUCAAUCGAGAAUAAACUCUCUUCCCUUUACGAGGGCUGAAGGUUCAUCAGCCCAGCUGAAGUGCAUUUACACCAAUGCACGCAGCAUGGGCAAUAAGAAGGAUGAGCUGGAAGCUGUUGUAGGGCAAGGUGACUAUGAUGUCAUUGCCAUCACAGAAACGUGGUGGGAUGACUCACAUAACUGGACUACAGCUAUGUUGGGAUAUAAACUCUUCAGGCGGGACAGGGAGGGUAGGAAAGGAGGCGGGGUAGCCCUCUAUGUCAAAGAGUGCUUUGAUACUCUUGAACUGGAUUACGGUGAGGACAGGAUCGAGUGCCUAUGGGUUAAAAUCAGAGGAGCCCAAAAGAAAGGGGACUUUGUGAUAGGAGUCUGUUACAGACCACCCAGCCAAGAAGAAGCUGCUGAUGAACUCUUCUAUAAACAGCUGGGGACAGUCUCUAAAUCUCUGCCUCUUGUCCUUGUGGGAGACUUUAACUUUCCGGAUGUCUGCUGGGAGUACAAUACAGCAGAAAGGAAACAGUCUAGGAGGUUCCUGGAGUGCAUCGAAGACAACUUCCUUGCACAACUGGUUAGCGAACCAACAAGGGAGGGUGCCUUCCUAGACCUGCUGUUUGUGAAUAGAGAAGGUCUUGUUGGGGAUUUGACGGUUGGAGGACGCCUGGGAUUAAGUGAUCAUGAGAUGAUAGGGUUUUCAGUUCUAGGUGGGAUUAAGAAGGGGGUUAGCAAAACAGUCACAUUAAACUUCCAGAGGGCAGACUUUGGCCUGUUCAGAAGGUUGAUUAGCAAAGUCCCGUGGGAAACAGUCCUUCAGGGCAAGGGAGCCCAUGAGGGUUGGGCGCUCUUGAAAAAUGAAAUCCUAGCAGCUCAAGAGCAGGCCAUCCCUGUGUUCCGGAAAAGGAGCCGGCGGGGGGAAAAGCCAGCUUGGUGGAGCAGGGAGAUCUCAAGAUGCGUCAAUAAGAAGAAGAAGCUCUAUGUGCUCUGGAGGAAAGGACAGGCAUCUUGGGUGGACUACAGGGACAAAGUGAGAUCGUGCAGGGAAAAAAUCAGGAGGGCCAAGGCCCAACUAGAAUUAAAACUCGCUAAGUCUGUGAAAGACAACAUAAAGUCUUUCUACAAGUACAUUAACAGGAAAAGGAGGACGAGGCAGAAUAUCCAGUCUCUAGUGGAUGCAGAAGGAAUAACAGUGACAGGGGAUAAGGACAAGGCUGAGGUACUUAAUGCCUUCUUCGCCUCAGUCUUUAAUAGCAAAGGAAGUUGUUCCUUCUGUUUACAAAUCCAAGAGUUAGAGGGGCAGAUUGAGGCUCCCGUGAUCCAAGAGGAGGCGGUUAGAGACUUGCUUGCCCAGCUAGACGCCCACAAGUCUGUGGGGCCGGAUGGGAUCCACCCAAGAGUAUUGAAGGAACUGGCGGAUGUCCUUUCCAAACCCCUAUCCAUCAUCUUCCAGAGGUCCUGGCUGGCUGGGGAAGUUCCACUAGACUGGAGGCUGGCUGAUGUUGUGCCCAUAUACAAGAAGGGUUGCAGAGAGGAUCCGGGGAACUACAGGCCUGUCAGUCUCACCUCAGUGCCAGGGAAAGUCAUGGAACAGAUGAUAGAAAAGGCACCACUUGAGGACGCACUGCAAAUGAAGUAGCUUGAAAGAGAGUAAGGCUUCUGUAAGCUGGAGAAUGGAAUGUAACCAAAAUAAGUUGGCUUACAGGUAGUUUUAACUAACUCUGUGGUUAAGAGUAUGGCAGUUGUACUUACAGUGUGGUUUUGUGCAGACAGCAGCAAGGAAGAAAUAGUAAAGUGGAUUAAAAAAGAAACUCAAGCUGUGGAAGUUACUUCAUCUUACUUCUGUUUGGCAUUGUGCUGCUAGGGCUGCUUUUGUAUUGCUUUAACAAUGUAAAUCUGACUUACCAUGGCUUGGAUAAAUUCAAGUGAAUAUAUCAAUGUGUAAACCCAUAUCUUAGUGAGUUGUUUAACCGGCGUGAGUCAUCUGGAUGUCUUAAAAGAGUUAUCUCCUUGCCGGUUAAGGGCGAGGUUAGUUGUGUACAAAGGUGGUUUGUAAUUGUUGUUUGCCGAUCGGAAGUUGCGCAAAUAUAAUU